AUGGCACCCGUACUCAUUCGUGAAGUCACGCGGCGUGUGCAUCGUCGCGGAUUGUUCCAGGCACUCUACACGAGCGGUGCGCUGUUGCCUAAACCAGUGGUUAUAUGCCGGUAA